AUGGAUCGAAUUAAUCAGUAACUUGCUGAACCAAAUGAAAGGCGGGUAUACACUGAGGGACCCUCAAAUCUCGCAGAAGACGAUGAUGACCAACUUGACAUGCUUGACUAAGACGAAACAUUUCUUGACGAGUUAUCCCCUGAACAGUUCUAGUAAUUAAUGUAAAACCCUCGCUUGGCUGCUUUAUUCGCAAAUGAAGCAAAUGGUUAUGCACUAGGACUAGAUAAUAACGAUGACUAUGGAGAUGAAAAUGGGGAUUAUGAGUAUGUAGAUCUGGACAAUCUUCCAAAUGAUUAGCAGCAAUAUUUCUUAUCGGAUGAUUGCUAUUAUGGGAAUCUGGUUCAAAAUUUCAACAAUCAAGAUAAAAGCUAAUAAAACGAAUCACAAGAUGGGCAUUACAAUGUAGAGUUUAACAAUUAGAGCUAAGCUCACGAGGAAUACCAAAAGUAGCAUAUGGUCGAGGGCGAAGACGGCGAAUUGAUUUAAUGCGAUGCUGACAGUGAUUACUGUGAAGAUCUAGUAGAAAUUUACAGUCUAAAUGGCAAUGAUGAUGAUAUAAUUCGCUAUAAGGGCAUCCAUCUCAUGGACAAAGGUGGUUCUGAUCCUGAUAAUGACCCUGCAUUGGACAAGUAUUAAUGCCCAGAGACAGGCUCCCAUUUCGAAUUUCUAGAUAUGUGCAGGAGGCUGAAGAAACUGCAAACUAGGCGUUAGAUAAUCGAUAAAGUAAUUGAGGAUGAGAAUAGAAGAAAUCUGGCUCUUGUCUAGAAAUAAAAGUUCAAAGACAAUUCUUAAAAUCUAAGCAACUCCACAGCCCAUCAAAAGCAAUAGAACUUACCUACUCAGCAGUAGAAAGAACAGUCACAGUCAGUUCAGUAAUAGUCUCAAAAUAAUCACAACUAGUCUCUCUAGCAGAAAUCUCAGAAUCAAUCAUAGUCAAAGAAAACCACUAAUCUGCAAAGUGAGUUCAAAGAGAACAACACAAACAACUUAAUUUUAGCAGACAAUCACUCUGAGAAGGGCCAUGAAAAUUUAGUAGCUGAGGAUAAAAUCAAAGGACUUCAGCUCUUGAGCUAGAAAUCUGAAACAUAGUAAAACUUGCAAAACCAGUUUUCAUAAGUUCAGAGCCAGAAGGAGUAACUCAUAGUGGCUAAGCCUAAGAUUGGUAGGAUGAAGGAUCCUUACAUCAAUAAGGCACUGCCUACUGAAGUUAAUCUUGCAACAGAUGAGGGAUUCUCUAACAGCUUUAACUUUUAUGGGACUAAUGAAAACAUCUAAAUUUAGUCCAAUAGACCAUAAAACUAUGAAGAUUAGUUCUCUAAUGAUGAAGAGUUGAUUGACUAUCUCAAUUAGAAGCCUUCAACUUUGACUCAAAAGCCUAAGCUGCAUUAGAGCAGUAAAAGUCAUAAUUAGAACUUUUUAUAAGCUAAAGAUAAGAAUUAGAUCUGUGUGACCGAGGUCAAUGAAAACAUCCCUAAGUCAAACAUUAGUAAGCAAAAGCAGCUCGAAUACAAUAACUUCUUUAGUUCUGAUGCUUAGAGUGUUCAUCAGAGGAACUAGAACCUCUUGCCUAACUAAUUGGAUGCUAAGACUCUCUAAGAGAUGGACCUUCUCUCUCUAAGUCAGAUGCUGAUAGAUCAAUAGGCAAAUGCUUAGAAGAAUGCUUAAAUUCAGAGCCAGCAGAAUGUAUAUUAAUAUAAUAAGAGCACCGACAAGAUCAAGAAGCGAUAAAACAGUGCAAGUAACAACAGUAAGAGUAAAAAGAGAAAUAACUCUCAGUCACUAGUUUAAAACCACAAUAAGACUCAUUCAUUCAAUUAGAAGCAGAACUAGAUUUAGCAAAUGCUUAUGAGUUUCUACUAGAAUCAGAAUCCUAAUUCUAGAGCCAAUUACAGCAAGAGCAUUUAUGAAAAUAAAGGAAACAGCACUUUGCGAGAUCAGGUCAAGCAAGGCUAACCUAUGGGCCCUAAGAUUCUUGUGGGUGGACCAUACAAUAGCACUAAACCUAAAAAUUAGGUACAAAUCAGCCAAAUAUACACCAGUCUUGGCAGCAAUUAAUCAAAGCUCAAUACAACUAAGAAUGGCAAUCUGUCUAACAAGAGAUCAAAAGUUAAUAUUAAAAAGAAUCCCAAUAAUAAUGGUCUCCAACCUAGAGGUAACACUCUUGAUAAUAGAUAUAAUCAAGGGUCUAAUCAGUCUCAAUAGUAUAAGCAAUAAAUCAGUAAUAUGAUAAGUGUUUAAGCUAAGAACAAUCAGCAAAAUGCCUUGGGAAGUAAUAGUACAACAGCUGCUAUGAAUUCUUAAAGUGCCAGCAGACCUGGUUCAGCUGUUAAGAAAUUGUAAGGGUCCUCUCCUCAUCAUUAUAUGAAAGGCAGCAAAUUAGCUAGUGGAGGAGCGAGCAAUGAGUAUAAAAACUUGCUUUUCUAUAACAAGCAAGAAUCUUAAGGAACAGAUAAGAAAGAAAAAGUGUCAGCCUUUAAUAAGGGACAAACAUUUUAGAAUCUCGAGAAAACGACAACCAUCCAUAAGAAGAACAACAGCGUCUCAGUAACAAAAUAUUCUUCUACAGGGAGGUCUAAAAUGAAACAUAUUAAUCAAAAGCAAGCCCCAUCUCACUAGGAGUAUAACAGCUAGGCUCUAGAUUAAAUUCUAAAUACCUAGCUUGAAACCUAAACUGGAGACUAUCAAUACUCCACUUUUCAUGAAGGACUAAUGACAUCAGACUAGUAAAGAGUCCAUACAAUGAAUUCUAAUAAGAAGACUAAUCCAUUCCUAAUGAAUACCAAUUCCUCUCAUAAAAACAGACAGAAGUCAACGUCUAAGAUAGCAACUUCUAAGUCAAGAUAGAAAGCAGAGUUGUUUAAGCCAAUGCAAAUUCAAGCUCAUAUAAAAUAGAGUGCUAAACUGAGGACCAAAGUUAGUGGUCAAAAUAUCAGCAAGAUCGAUAUAAAUAAUGUUAUUAAGAAGAUUAACUUGAAGCACAACACUUAUCUUACUAAUGUAAAUACCAAUGUAAACACAAAUAUCAAUCCAAGUUCAUUAUCCCAACAAUCAGUAGUCAAAUAGAAACAAAAUAUGAUUUCAAAUCAGUAAACUUAGCAUGGAUCUACCAUUCAUAGCCAUCAAAAUAUUUAGAGCUAUCUUGCGCAAGCCACAAAGAAGGUCUUAGCUUAAUAACUAGAUCAGUAGUCUUAGGUAAACAAAAGAUACAGUUCAAUAAAACAUUCAGGAAGAGAGAAUAACGAAAAAAUCCAAAGCAGAUCUAAGGGCUCAAAUAAGCCUCAAAGAGUUAGCUCAGGGAAUGGCAUUAAAAGCUUCAGUAAAUAUCACUUUGCUCAGCCUUAAUCAUAGCUAGAGGCAAAUGUAUUGAUCAACAAAGAAGGAAAGAAGAAAAACACAUUCGUAGGAAGUAGCUACGAGUAUAGAAGUGAGAGAUGCGAGACCGUAUCAUGA